AUAUGUCAAUAAAUGUGUGUUUUGCCUAAUAUUUACUUCCAAAACUUUAGUAUUUAUAAUCGUUAGCUAAUUAUAUAUCGGAUUGUUUAAUAAAUGAGUGGGAAUACAAGACGGAGGGGGGUAGGCGCUAUUAAAACAAAAACCGUUCAAGCGUCUAAAUUCAAAGAGAAAGGAACGGAAUUAGCGUCUGAAGAAUUAGAGAAACUAUCGACUCAAUUAAAUGCUUUUAAAAAUAAUUUAGAAGAUUUUGCAACAAAGCAUAAACAACAAAUAAAAAAGAAUCCAGAAUUUAGAGGACAAUUUCAAGAAAUGUGCGCUUCGAUUGGAGUAGAUCCUCUAGCCUCCAGUAAAGGUUUCUGGUCAGAAAUGUUGGGUGUAGGUGAUUUCUAUUAUGAAAUUGGUGUACAAACUAUUGAAGUUUGUUUAGCUAAUAAUCAAACUAACGGCGGUAUAAUGAAAUUAGACGAACUACAUUCAAAAUUACUUAAAUCAAGAAAGCAAGAUGUUAGUUUAUCUGAUUUAAAAACUGCUAUAAAAAAAUUAAGAAGUUUAGGAAGUGGAUUUCAAUUAAUAAAAGCUGGAAAGAAUUUUUUUGUUCAAUCUGUACCUGGAGAGUUAACAAUGGAUCAUACAAUUAUCUUGGAAAAAGCACAAGAGAAAAAUGGCCGUAUUUCAAAAUCAGAUAUUGGAUGGGAGAGAGAAAGAGUCGAUAGGGCAAUGGAUUAUCUGGUAAAGGAAGGUAUGACCUGGGUUGAUGAUAAAGCUAACGAAAGAUUAUAUUGGUUUCCUUCAAUGUUCUCAAUAGAAUAGGCCUGUAUAGCGGAAGGAAUGAACAACCAAUAAAGGAAUAUUAUAUAAUAAUAUUAUUAAUGUAUUAACUGAAUUUUUUAAUACAAAAAUGAACAAACCUCAA